UUUCCAGACAGAGAAGAAAGAGCACGGUGGACGACUGAGUGCCAGCCCAGGAAGACCGCCUCACAGGGGGAGUCCAGCAGCUUCUCCUGCUGCUCCAGCUUCUUGUGGCUCCUGACCCUCUGGAUGUUGAGUCCCAUUAUGGGCGAGCAUCAGACCCACAUCAACAGCCUCUUUCUGAAUGAGGAGACAUCUAAGCAGCUUGAAUCGGGGAGCCGGGUGCAUCGCUUCCGCCAUGCCCUGGAGAAGCGGGCAGCACAUGCCAGGAAGCAAAUGUACAACGUCACCCGAGAGAGCGUCAAGGGCUUCUUCCAGAGAAAUGCUUUUGUGCUACUCACCAUCUUGGCCGUCCUGCUGGGGAUUACUCUGGCCCUCGCCCUGCGGCCAUAUCGGAUGACCUAUCGCCAGAUCAAAUACUUCUCCUUUCCUGGAGAGCUGUUGAUGCGAAUGCUGCAGAUGUUGGUUCUUCCACUAAUCGUCUCUAGCCUUAUCACAGGCAUGGCAUCCUUGGACAGCGGUGCCUCUGGCAAGAUGGGAGUGCGUGCUGUCAUUUACUAUAUGAUGACAACCAUCAUCGCCGUCUUCAUUGGAAUCUUUAUGGUCCUCAUCAUCCAUCCUGGAAAAGGGAGUAAGAAAGGCCUCCAAGGGGAGGGCAAGAUUGAUCAGGUCCAUGCAACUGAUGCUUUCAUGGACCUCAUCCGGAAUAUGUUUCCACCCAAUCUUGUAGAAGCCUGCUUUAGACAGUAUAAGACUCAAUACAGUGUCCGGGUUAUCAACAGAACGGUUGUGAGCAACACUUCUCCUGCGGCCAUGUUGCCACAGCACCCAAAUCGGGAUACCAACAGCAGCGGUUUCAACUACAAUGCCACCAUUGCCAGUUUGCCUCUCCUGCCACUUGAAAAUGCUUUGGGAGUCUGGAAUAAUGUCACUAAAGCUCUAGGGAGCUUCCCGGAAGUGCUGAACUUUGAGGAGGUCAUCCCCGGCCCGGGUUCGGUCAACGGGGUGAACGCCCUUGGCCUCGUUGUCUUCUCCAUCUGCUUUGGCCUGGUGAUUGGCAACAUGAAGCAAAAGGGACACCCCCUGCGGGAAUUUUUUGACUGCCUCAAUGAAGCCAUCUUGCGGAUGGUGGCAGUCAUCAUCUGGUACGCCCCUAUUGGGAUCCUCUUUCUGAUCGCUGGUAAGAUUUUGGAGAUGGAGGACCUGGCAGUGAUGGGAGGCCAAUUGGGCCUGUACACCCUUACAGUUAUUGUGGGGCUCCUGAUCCAUGGCCUCUGUGUCCUUCCACUCAUCUACUUCAUUGUCACACGCAAAAACCCCUGGAUCUUUGUGGCUGGCCUCCUACAAGCCCUCGUUACAGCCUUGGGAACAUCUUCCAGCUCAGCUACACUCCCUGUCACAUUCCGUUGCCUGGAAGAAAACAACAAGGUGGAUAAACGAGUUACCAGGUUUGUUCUGCCAGUGGGAGCAACGAUCAACAUGGAUGGCACUGCACUUUAUGAAGCUCUGGCAGCCAUCUUCAUUGCACAGGUCAACAACUACGAGCUUGACUUCGGUCAGAUCAUUACUAUUAGCAUUACUGCCACGGCAGCCAGUAUCGGAGCUGCUGGCAUUCCACAGGCGGGCCUAGUGACCAUGGUAAUCGUGUUGACGUCUGUCGGAUUGCCAACAGAGGACAUCACUUUGAUUAUGGCUGUGGACUGGUUCCUAGACCGUCUGAGAACUACCAUCAAUGUGUUGGGGGAUUCACUGGGUGCUGGUGUUGUAGCUCAUCUGUCUCGCCAUGAGCUGGAGAUGCAGGAUGCCGAGCUCAGCAACUCGGUCCUUGAAGAGAAUGAAAAACCAUACCAUCUAAUAUACCAAGAGAAUGACACCCACAAGCAUCUCAAUAGUGAGACACCAAUGUGACUUGGAGGAGCCGAGUGUUGUCGGGAUAGGAUCUGUAAAAUAUCACAACUGUGAAGCACUAGAGAAGCAAGAGCCAGCCACAGUCCUCCCACAAACUCUCAGCUCCUUCGGUUUCCCUGUUCAUGACACCAGAAAAAAAGGAAUUGUUUUUCUGUAACGGUGAUUGUGCUCCUACAACCAUGAUUUGACAAUAAGAGUUCGACCUCGCCUGUCCCGCCUCUUAACCACAGCUGGUAGUAUCCUGCACCAAGUCAACUCCACAUUUCCUUGCCAAGAAGAUAAAACUUUGAACAUAUUGUGCUGUGCCAUAAAGACCAACUAAUUUAAAUGUUGUUACAAUUUUACCGAUUGAGCUCAUUUUUGAAUUUUUUUUUAGCACUUGAAAAAAAUGCAGCCAAUACACACACACACACAAACACGUAUAUAUAUAUAUAUAUAUAUGAUGCUUUAUUGGUAUGGAAGAUGUUUAUUUAUGAGGAUCAUUAAAGUGGAGAAUUAUGUACAGCCUGCGUUUUAAAAACAAUAUGUGCAACUUGUUGCUGCUUCAUUACAAUUGAACGUUACAUGUAGUCCGUUUAGCAACUCUUUGCAGUUACAGUGGUGAUGAAAAAUUAACUUUGUGAUCAGUCCUCACAUUUAUGACCUUUGAAGGGGUCCCUUUACCUUUGUAAAGCUGAAGUAAAGAUUGUAAGCACAAAGGAAAAUUGAAGUAAAAGUCCUAAGUACAGCUGCAGUUUCACUUAGCAAUCAUUUUGCUUAAUGACUGAGUUGCCAGUCCCAAUUGUGCUCACUAAAUGAGGACUGCUAGAACUAUAGUAUCAUAAUAGCAAUGCUUACUUGCUUUUGUUUCCUUAUUGGUUAAUUGUUCAGAACACAGUGGCUUUGUUGCUCAACCCAAGAUGCAUGUAGCUCAGAUCUUCAAUUUUUUUUUUACAUUGGUAACUAUUUUCAGAGACAAAUAAGCAAGGCAGCCUCUCUUCUGUAGCUGCUCAUGAUAUCAGGGCACAUAGCCUUGAAUUGUGACUCGUGGCUUUGACAGAUCUCUGCUCUCCCAGUUGUCUCACAUCCUUUGAAAGCCACUGAAGAUACAGUCUUGUUGCCUCUUAUGUAAACCUCAGGACCUGGAUGACUGACUGAUCUCCAGUGUCGCAUAAGGACCAUAUAUUGAUUCAAAACUCUCUUUAAUAUGUGAACAAAAGACUGUGGAACAUGUUACAUGUUCAAUGUACUGCAAGCAGGUAUUUGCAAAGCAGAGCUAAGAAAAACAUUAUUUGCCUUUGGCAAUUUAGCUGGGGAAAUGCUUUAUUAAUCAGAAGAACCGUAUUUGGGUUUAUUACAGGCGUUGAUAGGAAACGUCUUUUUAAGAUCAAAUCCAAGACAUUAGCAAGAGUUUUUUCUUUCUUUACUAGGCAGAGAGAACUUUUCCUUUACUCUUCCUGGUUACUUUCCUUUUUUCAUUGCAUGACAACAUCCUUCUUUCCCUCUCCUAGAGGUUUGCUUGCUGCAUGCUUAAUUGUUGCCCAGUCCUUGCCUUUGAAGUGCAGUAGCGAGACCCAUCUCUUCCCCUUGCCCUUCUUCCUUUUCCUAGACAGCUUCUACCCCAGUCUCCCACCGCAUCACCUCUGAGCACGUCUUGCUGGUAGCCUGGGGCUUUAGAAACACUGUCUGCCAUGAAGCACAAGAGUGGGAAGGGAUUUCUUGAGAGUAGUGCUGUUUGGCACAUGGUGCUGAAAGGAAGCUAACUUGUUGCCAGGAGAUCUGUUUCAUUGGGCUGAGUCAAGUUGCCAGGCUGGCUCUCUGGAAUGCUUCUCAUGGCUAGUCUGUACCUCCAUGCUACACUUAUUGUGAGCUGCAGAAUGACUUGGAAAACAACAUGCAGCCGUUGAAUUCUGAAUGUUAAAACCUUUGUCCUGGGCUACAGUAUUAUGAAAGAACAAACCAUGUACUAUGAUUCUUGUAAGGGUGGGCACACUCCUAGUUCCUUCCCUAAAGCCUUGCCAUCUGAUGGGGAGUUACAAAGCAUGCUUUUCCAUGGCAGUCUCUGCCCGAUGAAACACUCUGCCCCUUGAGGUUUGGCAAGGCUUCCAUCUUAAAUUUCUGUAAAGCUUUAAAGACAUGGCUUCCCCACCCCACCCCACCCCGCCCAAAUGCUGGGAUCAGAUUGAAAAAAACUGCACAUUAGAAAAUUAGAUUUUUUUUUAAUGUUUCGAUGUGUUUAGUUUUAUAGUUUUAAUAUGGUUUUAUAUGCUGUUUAAACACUUUGGGAGCUGCCCAGAAUUGGUUAAAAGAUGGGCAGCUAUAUAAAUGUUUUAAAUAAAAUAAAUAAAAAUAUAUUAUGUAGGA